AUGGGAGACAGAGGGCAGCCACACCCUCUGCCCUCUCGGCCAGCCUCUGCCUUUUGGCUCGGCUCCCGUCUCCGAGCCUCCUCUGACCUCCGUCCUACACUUCCAUACCAUUUACCAACGUACCUCAGUCUCCAGCAGAGCGCCCCCCGCCCCCCGCCCCAUGCCCGCAGUCUGGGGCGGGGCGGGGUGUCUGUUCUGCCAAUGCCCACCUCUUCUCUACUCCACGUCCACCCUGGUCUCCUUGAGCCACCGCUAGCUGCCAACCGGGUCUCCGAACACCCUCCAGUGCCUGGCUCAAGAGAGACCAGGCCGGGCCCGAGCCUUCCUCCCGCGGCGGGGGGUCAGACCCGUGGCCAGGGGAUGGGCAUCCUCGGGUAG